UGGCGAUACCGGUCUUUCCGGCAUGAACACUCGCGACACGAUGCCAAGUGUAUUCUGUUGAGUGAUUUUUAUGCGUAUUUAAUUCAACAACGAUUAUAAUGGACGACGUUGUAGAGUUGGACGAUUGCGAUCAUAAAGAAAAAAGAGCGCAUUUCCAAGCGCCGGCAAUUCAACAUAAUCCUGACGGCUGGGGCCCAUGUGAAUUGCCAGAUCAAUUUAAAGAUAUUCCUUAUCAACCAUUUUCCAAAGGCGACAGGCUAGGAAAAAUCUGCGAUUGGACUGCACCGGCAUUCCAAGACAAGAAAUUUCCAAACAAAUAUACUUCUCAAUUUGGCUCAGGAAGUCAAUAUGCUUACUAUCAUGAUGAAGAUGAAAGCACUUUCCAUCUUGUGGAUACUACCAGAGUGCAGAAGCCGCCUUAUCAACGUGGCAGGUUCAGGCACAACCAGCGUAAUUUGCGUGGACGUGGAGGCCAGCGUGGUGCUUUGAGUCAAAUGCAACAGCUAGGUAAAUUGAAGCUACGCGAGCGCGAACGCAAAGGACAAACAAAACGUUGGGGUAGGCAGCAGGGACUAAGAAAUCACAAGAAUCAACCACCUAUUAAGAUUCGAGAUGCUUCUGUCACCGUACGACCUGAUUGGGUGACUAUAGAAGAGAUGGAUUUCCCUAGAUUAGCUAAAUUAUCAUUACCCAGCGUUAAAGACGGAGAAGAUAUACUCUGUUGUGGAUCUCUAGAGUAUUAUGAUAAAACUUAUGACAGAGUAAAUGUCAAAAAUGAGAAACCUUUGCAAAGAAUCGAUCGUAUUUUCCAUACCGUUACUACUACCGAUGAUCCUAUCAUCCGUAAACUAUCGAAAACCGAGGGCAAUGUCUAUGCCACUGAUGCCAUACUCGCUACUAUUAUGUGCUGUACUCGUAGUAAUUAUUCAUGGGAUAUAGUGAUUGAAAAAAUCGGAGACAAGCUUUUCUUUGAUAAACGAGAUAAUACAGAAUUCGACCUUUUAACUGUAAACGAAACUAGCGUGGAACCACCGCAGGAUGACGGGAAUUCAUUAAAUUCUCCAAGAAACCUGGCAUUAGAGGCUACAUUUAUUAAUCAUAAUUUCUCGCAGCAAGUGCUUAAAUCCAACGAACCACGUCACAAAUUUGACGAAGGAAAUCCUUUUAUCUCUGAAGAGGAAGAGAGUGAUGUAGCCAGCGUUGCUUAUCGCUAUCGUAAAUGGGAUCUUAAUAAUGGUAUCGUUUUAGUUGCUCGAUGUGAACACGAUGCCGUGAUGCAAGGCCCAAAUAACGAAACACAAUUUCUAACUAUUAAAGCAUUGAACGAAUGGGAUUCUAAACUUGCAAAUGGUGUUGAAUGGCGCCAAAAGUUGGAUACCCAACGUGGUGCAGUAUUAGCUAAUGAACUUAGAAAUAAUGCUUGCAAAUUAGCCAAGUGGACUGUUCAAGCAAUAUUAGCUGGAUCGGAUCAAUUGAAAUUUGGAUACGUUUCACGUGCUAUCGUACGUGAUUCUAGCAAACAUGUAAUUCUUGGUACUCAACAAUAUAAGCCCAAUGAAUUUGCCACUCAAAUUAAUUUGAAUAUGGAUAAUGCUUGGGGUAUACUGAGAUGUAUUAUUGACAUUUGUAUGAAGCAAAAGGAUGGAAAAUAUUUGAUUAUGAAGGAUCCUAAUAAGCCUAUGAUUCGUUUGUACGAUAUACCUGACAAUACUUUUGAGAGCGAAGGAGAAGAAGAUGAAGAUGAAGAUGAACCUACGAACGACGCAUUCCAAAGUUAACAGAAGAGAACAGCGAUCGUCCGAGGAACCUUAUAUAUCGUGAAUCAUUUCGUCAACCAGAUACAAGUGCGCGCCUAUUAAACGGCGUGUUUUUAUUCGAAUCUUCGAAGUAAUUUAUAUCGAAUGAUCAAAUUACAUCAUUGUUGUCAGGACAAAAGGAUCCUCAUAAAAGUAAUAAAAUUAUAUAACACAAAA